AUUGACAGCUGGAAGUGACGAGAGUACGUGAAUGUGUAUAUGAUCACAAACUUUAACGUGCUCUUGAUCAUAAGGAUUAGAGGGAAUCACAUGUACAGAACCUGAUGUCGUCUGCAAAUGUGGUCAUUAUCCCCGUGGAUGGGAGUAAAAACAGUGAACGGGCAGUAAGCUGGUAUCUAGAACAUAUUCACUCUAAAGGUGACAGAGUUGUUUUCAUCCAUGCAUUUGAUCCUCCACCCAUGCAAUCUGCAAAACACACAAGUGUUGACUUCAAGAACAGCUAUGAUGAGUGGUGUGUCAUAAUUCAGAAGGCCCAAGACAAGGCUAGGAGCCUUCUUAAGGGGUAUGAUGAAAAGUUUGCCACCCUGAAGGGCCAACUGUCAUACAAGAUGAUUCAUGAUUCAGGCAAACCAGGAGAAGUCAUCAUUAAUUAUAGCAAGAAAGAGAAUGGAACGGUUUUAAUAAUGGGUUGCCGAGGACUAGGCAAGCUUCGGAGAACAUUGCUAGGGAGCGUCAGUGAUUAUGUUGUUCGGCAUUCCUCCAUACCUGUGAUUGUGAUACCUCCAGCUAAGUGAUGGAUAGACAACCCAGUAGCAUCAUAAACAUGGAUUAUUAAUAAAUUAAAAGAAACAUUCAGUUACUGAGAAGCUAGAAACUCAGGGCUCGACACUAAUGGUAGUCAACUAGCCACAGACCAGUAGAAAUUCAGUUUGGCAAGUGGUUUUUGAU